GUGGCCCUAAGAUUAAUUUGAUUUGAGGGCCCUAAGCAGCAGAAAUCUGAGUGCCAGUCAUACUGAGCACACCGGGACUGCAGCGCCAUUGUGCCUGCGAGUCUGGACUCAGGAAGUAACGUCUUCCUGGAUACUUUGUCCUCACCUCAGACUCUUCACAGAUCACUCGAACACCAGGAGAGACGCGUCGUGGAGCUGACAGCAGCAUUAAGGCAAAUGGAUCCAGGCUGACAAGACUAUCGAAGCUAUAGGAAUCUCAUUUAGAUGAUAAAAUGUCCUAGAACAAAUGAUGGCGUCAGUUACAGAGCUGCUCCUGGAAAUGCUGGAGGAUCUAGUAGAUGAAGAGCUAAAAAUGUUCAAGUGGUUCCUGCAGCAGGAUAAAAUCCUGGAGGGCCUUUCGGCCAUUCCAAAGAGCCAUCUACAAACGGCAGACAGGAUGGACACUGUGGACCUCAUAGUGCAAACAUACAGUGAACAGUCUGUGGAGGCAACCAGGCAAGUGUUGAUGAAGAUGGACAGGAAUGAUCUGGUGCAGAGGUUGGCCAACAUCGGCUCAGGACCCAGACAGAUUUCAGAAAGCAGCACCGCAACCAGACAACAUGACGUAUCCCUUCCACUUCCUCCCAACAUUAGUCAGACUGAAGAUGUCCUGCAGCCAGAGCGUAAACCCCCCAAACCCAUUGUGUCAUACCAGCACAUGCUCCAAUCACACCUUCAAAACAGAUUUAUGUGUGCACAGGAAGGAUGGACACAAAGGAUGGAUAAAAAACUGUUAGACGACGUCUACAUAGACCUGUACGUCACAUAUGGGAGCGUUGUGAACAUCAACACGCAGCAUGAGGUGCGGCAAAUUGAGAUGGCAUUAAGAGAACCAGAGCAAACAGAGGAACCGGUCCAAAUCAGCGAUAUCUUCAAACACCCAUCUGGAAAAAACACACCUGUAAGAACAGUGUUGACCAACGGAAUAGCAGGAAUUGGCAAAACAUUCCUUGUAUAUAAGUUCAUUCUGGACUGGGCGGAGGGAAGAUCAAAUCAAGAUGUGCACCUCAUAUUCCCCUUCACCUUCCGCCAGCUGAAUUUAUUGAAGGGGGAGAGGUUUUGCUUUGCUGAACUUAUUCAUGAAUGCAUCAGGGAAACCAAGGACAUUACGGAGGAAGAUCUUAAUGGAAUCUUCACAACGCUGCAGGCUUCAGGAAACACCAACUACAACAAGAGUAAAUUCAAACUACUGUUCGUACUUGAUGGUUUGGAUGAAAGUCACCUUCAGCUAGACUUCAUGAAUGACAAAAAUCCUUCUAUCGACGUGACACAGGCGGUCAGCGUAGAAGUUCUACUGACAGGCCUCAUCAAGGGUGAACUGCUUCCUUCUGCUCGCAUUUGGAUUACCUCACGACCAGCAGCAGCCAGUCAGAUCCCUCUUGACUUGGUUGACAUCAUGACAGAGGUGAGAGGAUUCAGUGAUCCGCAGAAGGAGGAGUACUUCAACAAGAGAUUCCACAAUGAGGAGCUCGGUGGAAGAAUCGUCUCCCACAUCAAAGCAUCACGGAGCCUCCACAUAAUGUGCCACAUCCCAGUCUUCUGCUGGAUCACUGCUACAGUUCUGGGGGAGAUGUUGAAAACCAGUGUUAGAGGAGAGCUGCCCAAGACCCUGACUGAGUUGUAUGUGGUGUUCUUAGUGUUUCAGAUUAGACAGACAAAGGAGAAGUAUGGCACGGAGGAGAGCGUCCAGUACAUCCAAUCACUCUCAAAACUGGCUUUCCGACAGAUGGAAAAGGGGAACCUCAUCUUUUAUGAAAAAGAUCUCAAAGAGAGUGACCUUGAUUUUGACAAAGCCUCGGUGUACUCAGGAGUGUUCACGCAGAUCUUUAAAAGAGAACACCGGUGGAGGAAGGACAGGGAGGAGGACAAGAUGUUCAGCUUUGUCCAUCUGAGUAUUCAGGAGUUUUUGGCCGCGGUCUACGUGGUGCAGUCAUAUAUUAAUAGAAACAAAAAUGUAAUGUUGCAACUACUCAAGGUCCAGAGCAUGCAGAGGAUUUUUAGCAAACCGUCAAUAGCUUCGAUCCAAAGAAUGGCAGUGGACAAGGCCUUGGACAGUCCAGAUGGACACCUGGACUUAUUCCUGCGCUUCCUUCUGGGUCUCUUCAUGGAGGCAAAUCAAAAAAGGCUUCAAGCGCUGUUCAAACAGACAAUUAUCACCUCAGAAGCCAAUCAAGAAACAGUGCAAUACAUUAAGGAAAAGAUCCGGGAGAAUCCAUCUCCAGAGAGAUGCAUCAACCUGUUUCACUGUCUGAAUGAGCUGAAUGACCACUCUUUAGUGGAGGAGGUCCAACAGUAUCUGAGUUCAGGAAGUCUGUCCAGUAAAAAUCUGUCUCCUGCUCAGUGGUCAGCUUUGGUCUUCAUCCUGCUGUCAUCAGAGAAAGACAUAGACGUGUUUGACCUCAGGAAGUACACAGCUACAGAGGGAGGUCUCCUCAAGCUGCUUCCUGUGGUCGGGAACUCCACUGUUUUCUUUCUGAGUGGCUGCAACCUGUCAGAGAAGAGCUGUGAAGCUCUGGCUUCAGUUCUCAGCUCCCAGUCCUCUCGUCUGAGAGAGCUGGACCUGAGUAACAACGAUCUGCAGGACUCAGGAGUGAAGCUGAUCUCAGUGGGACUGGAGAGUCCUCACUGUAGACUGGAAACCCUCAGGCUGAGUGGCUGUAAACUGUCGUGGAGAAGCGUUGAGGCCCUGUCCUCAGCCCUCAGCUCACCGUCCACCCGUGUGAGGAACCUGGACUUCAGCAACAAUGACCUGCAGGACGCAGGAGUGAAGCUGCUGUCUGCUGCGCUGACGAGCCGCUGCUGUCAACUGGAAAUGCUCAGGUUGGAUGUCUGUAACCUGUCAGAGAGGAGCUGUGAAGACCUGGCUUCAGUUCUCAGCUCCCACUCCUCUGGUCUGAGGGAGCUGGACCUGAGUAACAAUGACCUGCAGGACUCAGGAGUGAAGCUGAUCUCAGUGGGAUUGAAGAGUCCUCACUGUGGACUGGAAAGUCUCAGGUUAUCAGGUUGCCUAGUGACAGAAGAAGGCUGUGCCUCUCUGGCCUUCGCUCUCAGCUCCAACCCUUCUCAUCUGAAAGAUCUGGACCUGAGCUACAAUCACCCAGGAGCCUCAGGAGUGACACUGCUCUCUGCUGGACUCAUGGACCCACAGUGGAGACUGAACACUCUCCGAGUGGAUCCCAGCGGCAUCCACUGGUUGAAACCUGGUCUGAAGAAGUAUGCAUGUGAAAUCACCUUGGACCCAAACACAGCAAACGAAUACCUCUCGCUGUCUGAGGACAAUAAGACGGUGACACUGGUGAGGGAGAGGCAGCCGUAUCCCGAUCACCCACAGAGAUUCCAUCACUGGAAGCAGCUGCUGUGCACCAACAGUCUGACUGACCGCUGUUACUGGGAGGUAGAGAGGAAAGGGUGGGUGUCCGUGGGAGUGGCUUACAGAGGAAUCAGUAGAAGAGGCGCUGACUGCUGCCUUGGGCUUAAUGAGAGUUCUUGGAGCAUGUUCUGCUCUCCAAAGCACAACUACUCUGCCUUCACCGGUGGAAGAAUGCAAGGGUGUGUGCGCACCCCUGUCCCGACAUCUGACAGAGUGUCAGUGUAUGUGGACUGGCCUGCCGGGACCGUGUCCUUCUACAGACUCUCCUCUGACAAAUGGAUCCAUCUCCACACCUUUCACAGCACAUUCACCGAACCUCUCUGCCCUGCAUUUGGUUUUGAGCAUCUGAUCAGGUUUGACUCCACAGUGUCUCUGUGUCAGAUGAAGGAAGGAGAGUCGCCUACAACGGACCAACACUGCUCCUCAAGCCAAGUUCACGCAACAAGACUUUCAGAGUUGUAGGACUGUUGUGUUUUUCACACUACAUGGGUAGGGUAGGGCAAACCAGUUAAACCAGUUCUUUAACAGGUUUGAUCACCCCAUCCCAUUCACACAUCUGAAUGCUGAUGCCCUCACCCUUCACCUCACCCCCCAACUCACACAAGCCUCCACUAACACAGAUGAGGACAACUCCCAACCCCCCACCACACCACCCACGAUCACGGCAGCUCAGGUUUAUGGAGAGCUGAGGAGGCUGCGUCCUAACAAAGCUGCAGGUCCAGAUGGAGUGUCACCUCGACUGCUGAAGGCCUGCGCGCGGGAACUGGGUCACCCCCUUCAGCACAUCUUCAACCUGAGCCUGGGACUGGGGAAGGUUCCCCAGCAGUGGAAGACAUCGUGCAUCAUCCCAGUCCCAAAGAAACCCCAUUCUGGAGAGAUGAACGACUACAGACCUGUGGCCCUGACGUCGCACGUGAUGAAGACCAUGGAACGACUGGUGCUUCAUCACCUCAGGCCACAGACCUGCCAUGCCCUUGACCCCCUACAGUUUGCUUACCGGGAAAAGGUGGGAGUGGAAGAUGCCAUCAUCUUCCUGCAACAUCGAUCUCUCUCUCACCUGGACAGAGGCAGCGGUGCUGUGAAAAUUACAUUCUUGGAUUUCUCCAGCGCCUUCAACACCAUUCAGCCUCUGCUCCUGAGGGACAAGCUGUCUGGGAUGGGAGUGGGUUCACACCUAGUUGCCUGGAUAAGUGACUACCUGACCGGCCGACCCCAGUAUGUGAGACUGGGGGAAUGCAGGUCUGACAUGGUGGUCAGCAACACGGGGGCGCCGCAGGGGACUGUGCUCUCUCCUGUCUUGUUUACCCUGUACACGUCUGACUUUCAGCACAACUCAGAGCUCUGCCAUGUGCAGAAAUUUGCGGACGACACAGCCAUUGUUGGCUGUAUCAGGAGCGGAAACGAGGAUGAGUACAGGGAGCUCAUCCAGGACUUCGUCAAAUGGUGUGACAACAAUCAUCUGCUCCUAAACACACCAAGACCAGGGAGAUGGUUGUGGAUUUCCGGAGAUCCAGGGUGCACCCAGAACCAGUUCUUAUCAAGGGGGACUGUGUGGAGGUGGUGCACACCUACAAAUACCUGGGAGUACAGCUGGAUGACAGGCUGGACUGGACCACCAACACAGAUGCUCUGUGCAGGAAAGGACAGAGUCGCCUGUACUUCCUUAGAAGGCUGGCAUCCUUCAACGUCUGCAGGAAGCUGUUACAGACCUUCUACCAGUCUGUGGUAGCGAGUGCCCUCCUGUACACAGUGGUGUGCUGGGGGGGCAGCCUAAAGAAGAAGGACGCUUCACGCCUGGACAAACUAAUAAGGAAGGCAGGCUCUGUUGUAGGCACAGAACUGGACAGUCUGACAUCGAUAGCUGAGCGACGCACACUCAACAGGCUCCUGUCCAUCAUAGACAAUCCACACCAUCCACUACACAGCACCAUACACAGACAGAGGAGCAGCUUCAGUGACAGACUGCUGUCAAUGUCCUGCUCCACAGAAAGACUGAGGAGAUCAUUCCUCCCCCAUGCCAUCAGACUCUUCAACCUGCAUCAUACAUGACACAUACACGCAAGCACACAUGUACAUCUCAUUGUACAACGCCUUUAUAUUUUUUCGUUUUUCCUUUUUAUACAUAUGUUUCAGUUUAUAUUUAGACUGUACAUAGACCUGCAUGCCUCUUAUGUUUCUAUCGUGUAACAUAUUCUGGAGCUGCUGAACUGUGAAUUUCUCUUGUGAGAUGAAUAAAGUAUCUAUCUAUCUAUCUAUCUACAUGUGAUCUGGAGUCUUAGGUCCUGUUUCCACCUUGUGACACGGUUUGGUUUGCUUCAAAACAGUACAUCUUUUUUUGCGUUUCCAUUAGGAAUAGUACCAAAAUAACCAGCCCAAUAGUUCCAUUCUUUGGUAGCCUUCAGAGUAAAAUGGUAUGGUGCAGUCAGGGUGGCUCCACCCACGACAGUCAGCUGACAUGGAGACAAAUGCCUGCAGUCUAUUCUCAUACAAAGCUUGAUGUCUUGUUCAGACAAACAGUCUCAAACUGAGCAGGGAAUAAAAGAGCUGCUGGAUGUCCUCCUGUGUUGCCUGUUGUGUCAGUCAUCGCACCAGUAAGCACUAUGUGGCCAUUGGCACAGCCCACAUUCACCUAUAGUAAAAGUAGGCGGGGUGUUCUCCCAAGCCUGACCCAAACCAUCCAUGAUGGAAACACAGCUUUUACAGUCAUUGUUUGAGGAGGAGGAGCAGGGAACACCUAUGCACACCCCGAGAGAACAUGGCCCUUGGUCAAACCAGGACCUGAAGCGGUGGCCUUCAUGCCUUUACUUCUUAAGCACAUAAAUAUGACCAUGGAGCAGGUUACC